AGUACUUUGAGUGCUAGGUACUUCGAGUGCCAUUGCUUAUUUACAAUCCAUCGUGGCAAUAUAGCACAAUUUACAUGAACAUGACCUUGAUCACAAACAAUUCAGGCUAGAUCUGAUCGAGUCCAACCAUCGGUCCAGAGACGACAAUAGCGACUGAACAGCAUGUGUCUAGUCAACGAGUAGUAGCAGCAUUUUCAGACGUGUAGCAGUAUACACAAGUCAGUCGCUGUUGAUUCAAUUCCUUCAACGGUAGAAGAAGUUACACGUCAGCUUCUACGAGCAUGAAGAAGAGGGCGUACCAUAGCAAGUCCCGUAGAGGAUGCAGCAAUUGUAAGACUAAACACAUCAAAUGCGAUGAGCAAGGUCCUCCCUGCGCGAACUGUAUCUCGCGGGAGAGAGAAGCUUCAUGCGCUUAUAAUUCUACUGUCGAUGCAAGUGCCAAAACUUCAAUCGGUCGCGUCAGAAAGUCUCCUCCAGGUCAAUCAACAGAGCACGAAUUCCAGAGAUUACAGGCCCGCCAUCUGCUCGAAUUAGAACUUAUGCAUAGAUGGACGUCGACGACGUAUCGAUGUGUUUUGCAAAUGGAAGGAGAUGCACACUACCACCGGAUAGAGAUCCCACGUGCCGCACUCUCAGAGCACUACCUGCUGAACAGUAUUUACUCACUUACUGCUUUAGAUAUUGCUGUUCGGGGUUGGGACGGCGAUCGAUGGGAGGAUAUUCCUUCUCUACACCAUUCAAGCGAUCCUGGUGACCGCAAACUCUAUAUACAGGCGGCGUUGGAAUACUACGAUAAAGCGAUAGUUUUGUUCCGGUCUGAGAUCGAUAAACUUAGCCCAAGGACAUAUCACUGUGCAUACAUCUUCGCAUGCCACGUCUUCAUUAUCAACAUGGCUCUUCCACAAGCUGUUCCGGCUGAACACGAGCCUGUAACGCAAGAAGACAUGGCCCAAAAGACACCAAACAUCUUCACUCGGCUUGCCACUACGUUCAGUCUUAUGCAAGGCGCUGGACGUAUCGUGCGAAUGGACCCGGAAUGGUGGAAAGACACGCCCGUAGAGCCCAUCAUUCUCGCAGGAUUUUCUGCUCUAAAGUCCGUUAGCCAGACUGGACUUAAACCUCCACGCAAGGCUAUCUGGCAAAGCGUCAAGGCAGUUGCAGAUGCAGAAGUGCCCGAUUGGAUGGACUCCACCGUGUAUCGCGGCUCCAUGGACCAGCUAGCCACGCUCCUGCUUAUUGAAGAUGGUGCCGUCGUGAUCCAUGGAUGGACUCUAGCCUUGCCGAUGUUUAUGGGACAAGGAUUCCUGGACGCAUUUCUUGCUCAGGACAGGCUAGCCCUCUUUGUAAUAUUGCACUGGGCUGUACAUCUGGUGGCGGAUGAGCAUUGGUUUUGGUGGUUGAAACAUGUUGGAAGAGAAACAGUUGGCGAACUCUGCCAGAUAUUGAGAACUAUGGACGAACCAGUGGGUGCAGGCAAGGCCUGGAGAGAUGGACUUGACUGGGCGGAAGAAUCAAUCCGGAAAGAUCCCAAAGAAAAAAAUGACUUGGACUUAUGAGAACGUGUCUAUCACAGAGUUGACUACAAGGCAAUUAUUUUCUGCCUUCCCACAAUGCUGCUUCUCAUGUCGAGAACAUUGGAUUGAUCGGCCAGUAUGUGAUGUUGUCGCUGCCUUGACCUAUAAUCUAGAUAAUGAACCAUGAUCCGUUGCUUUGAACCGGUUCUUGUCCUCCAAGUUCUCUUUGUCCCAGAUCAUAAUGGCAACGACCCAACUCAACAUAGCAUGAUUAGAUUCAAGAUCACAAGAGCUUGUCCUUGUC